AUGUUCUACAUUAUCGGACUUGGACUCUGCGACGAGCAGGAUAUCACCCUGCGGGGCCUCCAAGCCAUCAAGAAUUCCUCUCGCGUCUAUCUGGAAGCGUACACGAGCAUUCUAAUGAUAGAAAAGGAACGCUUGGAAGCCUUUUACGAGAAGCCGUUGAUCUUGGCCGAUCGCGACAUGGUGGAAACACAGUCCGAUGAGAUCCUACGCGGGGCCGAGAAGGACGAUGUGGCGCUCCUCGUAGUCGGUGACCCCUUUGGGGCAACUACGCAUACGGAUAUUCUGCUGCGGGCUCGGGCGCUGAAGAUCCCCACUCGGGUGAUCCACAACGCAUCCAUUAUGAAUGCCGUGGGCGCUUGUGGGCUCCAGCUAUACAAUUUCGGGCAAACGGUCUCUCUCGUGUUCUUCACGGACACAUGGAAGCCGGACAGCUUUUAUGAUCGCGUCAAGGAGAACGCCGAUCUCGGGAUGCACACCCUCGUCCUGCUCGACAUCAAGGUCAAGGAACAGAGCGAAGAGAACCUCGCCAGGGGUCGGAAGAUAUACGAACCACCCAGAUACAUGUCGAUACCGACCGCUGUCUCGCAGCUCCUCGAGACGGAGGAAGCCCGUAAGGAAGGUAUCCUGGCUGCGGACUCGACGCUGGCGAUCGCUUUGUCACGAGUGGGCGGUGGUGCAGACAACGAAAGAAUCGUAGCCGGUACACUUCGCGAGCUCCUAGAGCACCCCGUGGAGAACUACGGUGACCCCUUGCACAGCCUAGUAAUUGUAGGAAAGCGCUUGCACCAUCUAGAGGUCGAUUUCGCCGAAACGUUCGCAAUCAACCCCACGACAUGGCGAAGCGUGGCUAAAGAUGUGUACAAGUGCAGCCUCGAGUAA